UUCAACGUGAAACCUUCAGGGAAGUAAGUAGUGCCUGGCUGGAUGACCACCAGCGAAUUCCUACCACUAGGUAUUCAAAUUCUUUUUCAUCUUUCUCCUUUUGUAUGUUUAUACCAGUCUAUUUUUGUUGGCUCGAAUCAAUUCUCCAUGUGCGGACAACUCAAUCGCAGCCGCCCACUUAUUCCUCUGUCCGCAGUUAAGUAACAGUCUAUUGAAGUAGAACAGGAACACGGUCGAGACAUUUCAAAAUGCCCGAUCCAGCAUCUUUACCACCUGAACUAUUCGGGAUGAUCCUGCACGAGGUCAUACGCCAAAAUCGCGACAAUCAUGGUUCUCCCGAGAAGAGGUUCGACCCGGCAUUAUUGCCACUUGAAAUACCCAGCAAGGACCUAGAUGCUGCAGUCCGGCGUCUGCCGGACGCUCGUUCUGAAGAAAGACAACUUUCGGACCUUUGCCGGGUUGGAAAGCAGUGGAGGGAUCUGGUACAACCAACGUUGUACGAAACGUUCACAUAUCGCGGAGAAAGGCAAUCCUUAAGAAAUCUCUGGCUCUACCUCCGAACGAUACUCAGUCGCCCGGAACUUGCUUCAUGCGUGAAGCAUCUAGAAAUUCGCGCAUGGGGCUGCUGGGUUAUUCCGUCAGACGUGGAGAAGCCGGAGAAUCAGCUAACUCUCUCGCAGGCCGAGAGAGUCGUGCUCAAGGCCGCCAUUGGUGACGCUGGUUUUAAUGAGAAAGAUGAAUUCAACAUGUUCUGGGCAAUUGAAAAGAAUGCCGAUCGGACCCCUUUAAUGGCUAUCUUGCUCACACGGCUGCCGAAUGUGGAAAGCAUUCAGGCUCACGUCCCGGCUUGGUGCUAUUAUCUCAGUGAGAUCUUCAAAAAAGCCAUUGAAAAAGAAGAGGGCACAACGAAUCGCAGUCCCAGGUAUCGAGCUUUUCAGAAAUUAUCACGAGCGGAAUUCUUCUGUGAGGGCUAUCACUGCAAUGACACUGGUCACCCGUGGGAGAGAUACUACGAUCUUAAUUUGGACUAUCUAUGGCCUGUGUUCUACCUGCCGCAACUGAAGGUAUUGGGUCUCUACGAUCUGAACCCGAGGGGCGCUGCAGCGAUAUUUGACAAAAAUGCCCGACAGAUAUCGCCGGUGGUAGAUUUGACGAUUGUGCUCGAUCAUCCAUUAUCCGAAGAAAAUGAUGAUCUUUGGACACUUCUUGAUCUCCCGGAGACUCUCGACACGUUACGUCUCUCGGUGAUGAAGACGUUGGAGACAGACCCUGUGACAACUUUGAAACGGAAACUGUGGCCGAGUUUAGAUCGAUUCAAAGACCAGCUGUUUCAUCUCGAUUUGCAUGAGCACGUGAACGAGUUUUGGUGUCCGCCGCCGAUAGGUGCGUUUGGUGAAGAGGAAGAAGAACAAGACGACUACGACGAUGACGAUGACGAUAGUUACGAUAGUUACCAAGAAGAAAAAGAAAAGGUGGAGAAAAAACCAGUUUACUGCUGUCCAUUACGGUCAUUUCUUUCUCUGAAACACCUUGCUGUUGUCCCAGAUCUACUCCUUGGCGACCAGUACAAGCAUCAAAAAUUGACCACCGGUUAUCUCCGGGCACAUCUGCCCAACCGAUUAACAAAACUCACCCUUUACAGGUCUUACUUCGCGAAUUUUUUGUAUCACGAUUGGGACACUUCUCUCGAGGUUUACGUGCGUCGUCAUGAAGACGAAGGUGGACCGAUGGACAUGAUCCUAAUUAAUGAGAGAUUCGUCGAUAGCGAGGGUAGUUCGAUGUUUACACCCUAUGGGUCGUUUGAAAAGACUGAAAAGGCUUGCCAGGAGCAAGGAACCGUUUUCCAAACUAGCGCAGAGGCAGAACAUGAACUUGAGAAUGGUGGAAGAUUAACCAAAGUAUACACUGACGCCGAAAAUAUUCGUGGACAUUUUGAAUAUAUGACUACACUGCAUCGGGAUCCUAGGGCGUACAGCUGGAGCUCGACGGAACAAGGUUACGGUGCAAUGACUUGGAGUACUAUAUGUAUUUAGGGCGUCCGCCAGUCUUAUCGAGAAAGAAGUUAUCUGUGUUAGCUCAGAGAUCAUAAUGUUUACAGUAUUUAGUACAUAGGUCUUAUUCUGUGCUACGAAAUGGAUCCAAAAAUCAAGGCCA